ACCCCUGGUCGUCUCAUGUUUCUGUGUGGAUUCGAGUUCGGAAGUAGAAGGAGUUCAAAGCUUGGAAGAAAAGGGCACGGACCAAAAGAGUCGCAGAAGAAGACGAACGGAGUUAAGAAGAGAGAGAAGAUGAAGAAGGCACAGUUGGAGUUACCAGCGGGUUUCAGGUUCCACCCCACGGACGACGAGCUGGUGAACCAUUACUUGAUCCGCAAGUGCGCUUCUCACCCCAUCUCCGUCCCCAUCAUCGCUGAGAUCGAUCUCUACAAGUUCGAGCCUUGGGACCUUCCAGAAAUGGCUCUGUACGGCGAAAAAGAAUGGUACUUCUUUUCUCCGAGAGACCGCAAGUACCCUAACGGGUCACGGCCGAACCGGGCAGCUGGAACUGGGUACUGGAAGGCGACCGGGGUUGAUAAGCCGAUUGGCCGCCCGAAGACGCUCGGCAUAAAAAAGGCACUAGUGUUUUACACCGGGAAAGCUUCGAGAGGAGCGAAGACCAAUUGGAUCAUGCACGAGUAUCGCCUUGCCAAUGUUGAUCGAUCCGCCGGCAAGAAGAAGAACUCGAGGCUUGAUGAUUGGGUUCUAUGCCGGAUAUACAACAAGAAGGGCACCAUAGAGAAAUAUUUCCCCUCCUCGCACAAUAAAACGGUAGAGUUCCCCGAAAUGGAGACCAAGCCGCAGAUUGUUAUGCCGGCGGCGCUGAACCAGUACACACCUCCCCAAUAUGGGCAUUCAUCAAUGACUAUGGAUAACAUGUACAUGGACUCGUCGGAGUCGAUGCCGAAACUGCACACGGAUUCUAGCUGCUCGGACCAUGUGGUGUCCCCGGACUUGGCAUGUGAGAAGGAAGUGCAGAGCGAGGCGAAGUGGGAUGAUUGGGAGAAGGCCCUCGAUUUCCAGUUUGGUUCAAUGGAUAACUUCUUGGACGAUGCGUUCGCGCAAGGAGAGUUUCAGUUGGAUCAAUUCUCGCCUCUUCAGGACACGUCCAUGUACUUGCAGAAGCCAUUUUGAACAAGUCCAUUAGAGAAACACGGUAGCGGGGUUUUCUUGUAUUGGGGCCUGAAGCAUUCCAUUCCUGAUAGCUCCCAUUGAAAUUGCAUGAUCAACUGGCAUGGUGAUCAAUCAAGACAAUCUCUGUCUUGGACUGAUGCUCAUGUGGGGCUAUAGACUAGAGUUAGUCCUAGGAUUUUUAUAGGUUUUGCCAGAGAGACAAGCAAUUGUUGAGGUGCAUCCAGUGAAAACAAUUUGCCUGGCUCCCAAUUGGCUGAGCGACGACGCGGCAGAAGUGCCACGAUCUUAAUGGUCUGCGUUGGUCAGUACAGUUAGUGUUUAGAAUCAUGUUACCUCCUGUCGUCUCCUGUAAAUAGCUCAUGAAAGUCCGUGGGGAAAUUGUUUGCUGUAAGAAUAUAGCAACAUUGUUUCAAUAUUUCAUUUAAUCUCGGUUCUAUGCUCUA